AUGAGGGGAGAAUCCUACUUCGUCGGAAUGAGGAGCCUGGGGCAGCAGGCAUCGAUCCCUGAAGAUGGGGGACUUUUCUUGCUCUGCUGCAUAGACAGAGACUGGGCUGUCACUCAGUGCUUUGCGGAAGAGGCCUUUCAAGCAAUCACCGACUUCAACGAUCUUCCCAACUCACUGUUUGCCUGCAAUGUCCACCAGUCCGUGUUUGAAGAAGAAGAGAGCAAGGAAAAAUUUGAGGGACUAUUCCGGACCUAUGAUGAGUGUGUCACGUUCCAGCUGUUUAAGAGUUUCCGACGCGUCCGAAUAAAUUUCAGUCAUCCCAAAUCUGCAGCCCGUGCUCGGAUAGAGCUUCAUGAGACCCAGUUCCGAGGGAAGAAACUAAAACUCUACUUUGCACAGGUCCAGACCCCCGAGACAGACGGAGACAAACUGCAUUUGGCACCCCCACAGCCGGCCAAACAGUUCCUCAUCUCGCCCCCUUCGUCUCCUCCUGUGGGCUGGAAGCCCAUCAGCGAUGCCACGCCGGUCCUCAACUAUGACCUCCUUUAUGCCGUGGCCAAACUAGGACCAGGAGAGAAGUACGAACUGCAUGCGGGGACUGAGUCCACCCCGAGUGUCGUGGUGCAUGUGUGUGACAGCGACAUGGAGGAAGAGGAUCCAAAGACUUCCCCAAAGCCAAAAAUCAUCCAAACCCGGCGUCCCGGCCUGCCGCCUUCCGUGUCCAACUGAGCACGUCCAUGAUGACACGCAUCUCCUCUCAUCAUGCUUCCCCGUUGUUUGUCCGAAACAUUAAUUGCCUUUAAGUCCCUGGGUGUUCGGUUGUUUGCGAUUCCUUCCUUGUAAUUAAGCCUCUCGGACAAAAGGGCUAGGGAAAGGUGACAUGUCUCCCAGUCGACUCACACCCAUUAACUAUAAUCUAUUACUUAGAAAGUUAUAGAAAAAAAAGGUAGUAUUUUCUUAUUAAACAAUCAGUACAGCCUAUAUCUCUGUUCGCUCAUGUUGAUCCAAGCCAUUGACAUCAGUAACAAAUAGCAAUUAUGUUGUUUGUGAGCCGCUCCAGUCGUGUGGUGUGUGUGUGUGUGAGUAUGUGUGUGUGUGUGAUGUGUGGUGUUGUGUUUUUUCCUGGCCACUUAUAUAGGACCAUAAGUAAACUUGAUUUUGGCUGCAUGGGAUCCCCCUAUCUGGUCUCACCCAGUCCUCUGCAUCCCGACAUUCCCAGGACGUGCACGAUCACCAGCAUUUAUUUUGAUGAUUUGAGGGUACACCCCACCUCACGGAAUCCCAGCCGUGUCCUGUAUAGACAGGGGGUGUCCCCAGCACCAUCCAGCUCAACAAGCCUGGGAAUCAUUUUCAGUUUGAAUCAAUACAUCAUAUAGCUCUGUCUGAAGGCAAAAUUGAGCUUGGCCCCAAAGAUAUUCCUCAGUAGAUUCUGAACACCACUACCAUAUAGCACUCCCCAGUGUCACUGGGGAGGCUUGUCCAGGUCACAGAGACCAAUUUCAGAGAAACCUAUUUAUUAUAAAAGUCUCACGGUGUCCGAAUUACUGUCCCCCCUUGUAUAUUUGUACAGAUGUUUGGGCUGUGCGGUUAAGAUCUGGAUGUUUUUGAUUUAGUGAUUGUUCGACCAUUAGCUGCUUAACGACAUCAUACCUGCGUUGCUUCUGAAUGCAUUCUGAUGCUAAUGUAGAUAAUCCGAUCCUAUAACAUGCUCUUAAGGUUAACGCUGAGUUGUAAAAGGGUACAGCAAUGUCUCGUGUCAAUAUAUAACCGACUAGCCAACCUCUUUGCUGUCGAGAUCACCUGUUUUUAAACAAAGAUCCAAGUGUCAGCUAUAGGCAGCUUGGAUGAUGCUAACACCCCAGAGAGUAGACACAGCUGAGCAUCUCAGAGCACAGGGGAUGAUGGAUAAACGGAUGGCGGCCCCACUCAGUCAGUGCCCAUGUGCUCAAAAGUUCUUUGUUUUUGUUAUGUGUGACUUUUGUAUUUCUCUAGCCCAAAGUGCAUUACAGAGGAUACACCUACAGAACCAUACUUUCCGCUCCUUGUGUCAAGCCUCAUCAAUUCCUGUUCAUUAACAAGUAAUUUUGGAUGCAAAUACAAUGAACCACAGAAUGGGCUAGUACUUUCAUGACCUAAGCCUCAGAAAAAAAAACACACAAGAACACUAACACAGCCACCCGAUGGAGGGAUGAUUGUGGUUUUUUUUGACUAAGGUGUAUGCUAGUUUCGACAGAGACUUCAAAACUAGACUGCUCACUCAGAAAAUUAAAGUCCGCUCUACUGUGAAUUUAGCAAUAUAGUACUGGACACAGUGCAGUACGGUUGAGACUGAGGACAGAGUUGCUUGUGGAAUCCCGAGUUUCCACACGGAAAAUAAGUCUCCUCUUCAAAAUCAGGUCCGAGGAGUGUACAAUAAGCAAAUGCUUUGACUUUCCUUUGUUGUGGAGGGGUUUUGCUUUUUCCUUGACCAACGGAAAGACUACAAAUAGCGGAGAGAUGGUGCCCUCUAGUGGCGGAAACAUUGGACUCAGCUGUGCAGAUGGAUUGAUUACAAGUCAACUAACCGCCUAGUGCUGACUUUCCAAUCCACAUUAAUAUUCAGGAUGCAGGUUCUAGGGUGGGGAAUUCUCAAUGCGUGAAAGCCUUGGAAAUAAUUUGUGUUUCCAAAUAGCGGUAGCGGAAGUUUCCAGUUUAGCAAAAGUUGAUGUGACUAUGUUGUGUAGGCGUUCUCCAUGAACGAGGUCUUAGCAAACUGUAUUGCCAUGUGUAGAUGUUAACCUGCUGCACAUCAAGGGGUUCUCUUGCUAGGUUGAGCGUGGGAGCAGGGAGGGGUUAGCUUUCCCCGGGAGAAACGGGAAAGCCGUGGGACCUCCCGGCACUGUAGAAAGUCGCAAUCGCGUUGCUCGACACUUCCAUGAUGCACAUUAUGCAAACCUUCAGCACUCUUAAGUUCGAAACGUUUUC